AUUCUCUUAACGCUGUUUUGAUCCCUACCCUCCAGCUGCAUGGCUUCCAAGCCCCGCACAGUUGAAGAAAUCUUCAAGGAUUUUAGAGCCCGAAGAAACGCUAUUAUUCGCGCACUCACUCACGACGUUGAUGAAUUUUACGGACUCUGUGAUCCAGGUAAAGGGGAAGGAUAACUUGUGCCUCUAUGGACAUCCAAACGGGGCCUGGGAGGUAGCUCUGCCAUCGGAGGAAGUUCCACCGGAGCUCCCUGAGCCAGCUCUUGGAAUCAAUUUUGCCAGGGACGACCUGAGCCGCAAGGACUGGCUUUCUCUGGUUGCUGUGCAUAGUGAUUCAUGGCUGCUUGCAGUGGCCUUUUACCUUGGAACUCGGCUUAACCACAAUGAAAGAAAACGCCUAUUUGGUUUGAUCAAUGCUCUUUCCACUGUUUUUCAAGUUGCUACUGGCAAUAAACCAAUUAAGGAGAAGCUGACAAUGGAUAGCGGAAGCAAAUCUGAUGUAAGCAUCGAUGGAGCCAUGAUGAAAGGUGAGCCUAUUAAAAUAUUUUGUGGAAGCUGUGGUGGAAAAUACAAUGGAGAUGAACUUUGGAUCGGGUGUGAUAUAUGUGAGUGGUGGUACCAUGGGAGGUGCGUUAUGAUUAACCCUGCAAAGGCUGACACCCUAAAGCGCUAUAAAUGUCCAUCAUGCAGCUUGAGGAGGAGCAGGUCAAUGACUGAAGGCAAUGAAAUGGGAAUAAGUGACCCAGGAAAUAGGUCCUCUUCGGUCGUGCGAAUGAGAGAAGAGGAUGGUCCAAGUACCAGUUUUUAUGACCAGGUGGUAUGGUAGGGUAUGAGGGAUAGACCAUGAGUGUUUGUGGUAAUGUAUUUUUUAUGUGACGUGAAUGUGGUUGACUUUAUGGA